AUGGCUCCCACUGUCAACUUCAUUUCUGGCAACGCCAACAAGUUGCGCGAGGUUAAGGCAAUCCUCGAACCUGAAAUUGAAGUCCGGAGCCAGUCUUUGGAUCUUGAGGAAGUUCAGGGAACCCUCGAGGAGGUGACUGAGUCUAAAUGCCGCAGGGCUGCAGACCUAGUCCAAGGUCCUGUCCUUGUUGAAGAUACCGCCCUCUGCUAUAACGCCCUCAAGGGCCUCCCUGGCCCAUACAUCAAGUGGUUCAUGACAUCCACCGGACAUGAGGGCCUGAACAACCUCCUGGCUGCAUACGCCGACAAAUCCGCCGAGGCUGUCUGCACGUUCGGGUACUCCGCGGGGCCUGGCCACAAGCCUAUUCUUUUCCAGGGCCGCUGUCCGGGCAAGAUUGUUCCCGCACGAGGACCCGCCGACUUUGGAUGGGAUGCUGUUUUCGAAUUUGAAGGCCAAACGUUCGCCGAGAUGGAGAAGACGGAGAAGAACAAGAUCUCUCACCGUGGUCGUGCCCUGACCAAGCUUCAGGCUUGGUUCAAGGAACAGCAAUGA